UAUGAAUCCACUGCAGCGAUGCUUAAAAUAAUCCAUUUAAUAUCGCCAUCAUCAUAAACAUAUACAUCCAAAUAUCACAUCGACACGUUUAGUAAACUUAUAAACAAUAAUCUCAGAGAGUAUGAAUUGAUAUAAGGUAUAAAUCAUGAUGAUAUUUUCUGGAAGGACGAGCGUCAGUGUUCUGCCAUUUUCCAGAGCCCGUGGAGAUCUCUGAAAAUGGUCCGCUACUCUCUCGACCCAGAGAACCCGACUAAAUCAUGCAAGUCGAGGGGCUCCAACCUUCGUGUUCACUUCAAGAACACCCGUGAAACCGCUCAGGCCAUCAAGGGCAUGCACAUCCGCAAGGCUAACAAGUACCUGAAGGAUGUGAUCGUCAAGCACCAGUGUGUUCCCUUCCGUCGCUACAACGGUGGUGUUGGCCGCUGUGCUCAGGCUAAGCAGCAUGAUUGGACACAGGGACGCUGGCCUAAGAAGAGCGCAGAGUUCCUCCUGCACAUGCUGAAGAACGCAGAAAGCAAUGCUGAGCUCAAGGGUUUGGAUGUGGACUCUCUGGUGAUCGAGCACAUCCAGGUAAACAAGGCCCCAAAGAUGCGGCGACGUACCUACCGCGCUCACGGACGCAUCAACCCCUACAUGAGCUCCCCUUGCCAUAUCGAGAUGAUCCUCACCGAGAAGGAGCAGAUCGUUCCCAAACCUGAGGAGGAAGUUUCUCAGAAGAAAAAGGUUUCUCAGAAGAAACUGAAGAAGCAGAAGCUUAUGGCUCGGGAGUAAAUGUAAAUAAAGUCCAACAUUCGUACUACACCA